CGAUCUCCCCCCCUCUCUCCCCCUCUCUCCCCCUGCACUCGCUGCUGACACAGGAGCGAGGGGGCGAGCGAGCCGCAGAGCGAGAGAGGGAGAGAGAGAGUAGCUAUGGCGGUCAGGGCAGUAGUUGGAACCGCCAUGGCGGCAGGAGGGGCGACAGCUGCCACCGUGGCUGUUGCAACCAGCCGAGCCGCGGGGGCAUCCUCUUCCUCUUCCUCUUCCUCUUCUCUGGCAUUGACUCCUGCUGCUCUUCACCAUGGCUGCCACGUGGCGUCUCGUUCGUCGUUGACCAUCAGGCGGUCAACGCUCUUCGGGGUGAUGGAGUCGGAAUGGCAGGCUGGAAGCGCAGCAAAGGGUAUGGCGGCGGGGCACAGGCAACCCUCCACCACAACGACGGGGUUUGCCCGCUCAGGGACUCCAGGAACGGCUAUGGCGGCGCUGAAAGAGGACGAGUACGAAAUCGAAGUGGAGAAGCCCAUCGGUCUCAAGUUCUACAAAGGGGCUGAUGGCGGCACUUACGUUGACGCCAUCGCUCCCUCUGGAAAUGCUGACAAAACGGGAAUGGUGGAGGUGGGCGACAAAGUGCUAGAAACCAGUGCAACAUUUGGGACAGAUAUGUGGCCAGCUGCAGAAUAUGGACGGACGAUGUAUGCUUUGAGAACCCGUAUCGGUACAAUCGCUCUCAAGAUGCAAAAGAAGUAUGGGAAAAGAGAGGGGGUUGCAGUGGCUGCUGACAAAUUCCAGGAGGAGCGGAGGUCAGGAAACUACGAGGCCGGGACCAGAGAGAUCCAGUACAGAAACUACAUGAAGAAGCAAGAAGAAAGGCAGCUAAGGAAGACGGAGCUGAAUAAAGGACUGCAACUUUACAAGGCUAGGAAGUAUGAGGAAGCACUCCUGUCCUUUGGGACAGUACUUGGUCUCAACCCAGAACCGACAGAGGAAGGGGUCGCAAACUAUAAUGUGGCAUGCUGCUAUUCAAAGCUCAAUCAGAUUGACCAAGCUCUCAAUGCUCUGGAUGGUGCCAUGGCUGCUGGAUUUGAAGACUACAAGAUGGUCAGAACCGAUCCUGAUCUGGAAGCUGUGCGCAAGUCUGAGAAGUUUGCUCCCCUUAUCAACCGAUACGAUGAGCCAUUCAUAAACGAGAAUGCCGUUGCUGCAAUUAAGGGACUGUUUGGCAUGUUCGGAAACAAGUGAUCUGGUCGCUCCCCCUCACUCUCCCUUUCCCUCUCUCUCUCUCUCUCUCUCUUCUUCUGACACAAUGAGCAAGAUCAUCGUCUCAUAACAAACUCCCGCUCCAACCACUGAUGUAUGAUAUCCUUUGUAGUUGGAUUCACUUAUCACAUCAUGCUGGCAUGCAAAUUUAUUCCUAAACCUAAACAAGUCUUUGAGGUAAAAAAAAUUGAGGUACAUUAGUAAAUUUGCCUUCGAGCAAACCUGCAAGUCAUUGUUUUGCACUGCAAACCUGCAAGGUCAGUCUAUCUCUCAACUGCCUCACCCACAAAUCUCCUAACCAGCAGAAAUCCAAACUGAAUGAUUUCCAACUUCCAAGUCCUCGUAUCCGAGUCUUCACGGCGUCUUCUUAAUGGAGUCUUCAUGGAGCCUUCAUUCUCAACGUGGGAAAACCAGAGUGUGUGUUUGUGUAAUCUUACCUUACAAGAU